GUAACCCUAAUUCUUAUAAAGAUUAGAAAUCUGAAUGGUUAAUGUAAUGGUUUGUUAGAUUAUUAUGGGGAGAGUUAAAUUGCAAAUCAAAAGAAUUGAAAAUACAACAAAUCGACAAGUAACUUUUUCAAAACGAAGAAAUGGACUCAUCAAGAAGGCUUACGAACUCUCUAUUCUAUGUGAUAUUGAUAUUGCUCUUAUUAUGUUCUCUCCUUCUGGCCGCCUCAGCCAGUUCUCCGGUCGCCGCAGAAUUGAGGAUGUGCUUGCUCGUUAUAUAAAUCUGCCUGAUCAUGAUAGAGGAAGCGUUGUUCAGAAUAAAGAGUUUUUAUUAGGAACGCUAAAUAAUUUGAAGACAGAGAAUGAUAUUGCACAACAACUUACCAAUCCUACAUCAAGCAACUCCAAUGUUGAGGAACUUCAGCAAGAGGUUGGUACACUGAGACACGAGCUUCAACUUGCUGAGCAACAACUCAGGUUAUUUGAACCUGAUUUUCUUUCAUUCACAUCAAAUGGUGAAAUAAAUUCUUGUGAGAAAAAUCUUUUAGACACUUUGGCGAGAAUCACCCAAAGGAAGAAAGAUCUAUUAAGCACUCAUUUAUCUCCUUAUGAACCUCCAAAUGGGAUUCAGAUAUAUUUGGAUCAACAAGAUGGAAUACCAACCUCUUUUGAAAGCGAUGUUGGUCAUUGGUUGCCAGAAAGUAAUGGACAAAAUAAUCCAAACCAAAUUUGUGUUGCUUCUGAAUCAUCUUCCAUCCCUCAAAGUGGGCAGUAUCCAACAGCGACAGUAUAUGAUCAAGUAGUAUCACAAGCAGCAGCAGGAACAAACAUAAACGUUGGAGUUGGCGUUGGCGUUGGCGUUGGCGGCUAUGACAUUGCAAAUGCCAACGAUGACGGUUUCUCCCCAUGGCAUCACAACUACACCACAACUCAACUCCUCUCUUCCUUCAUCCCUCAAACUUCUUUUGAUGUUGUCAAGAAUGAAAUUGGGGAGGCUUGUAUGAAUACAAUGGUACCACAACAACAAGUUGAUAGCAUUUCAAAUGGAAACCAAAUGCCUCCAAGUGAUGGAAGUGCCAAUUAUGAUAAUGUCAAGUUGUCUCAACUCAAUGUGGAUUAACUUUUCUUAUUUAUUAUUUUUAUAUCUGUGUGUCAAAAUAUA